GUAGAUGUCUCAGGAGUUCUAUCCCUUCCCAUUUCUUUAUCAGAAGCCCCUGAGAUUGUUCGUCCAAGGCAAUAUACCCAGACCCACAUGCCGUACUAUUCUUGAACGCUAUUUUAUGAGAUCUGGAGGCUUUUCUUUCUCUUUCCAUUUUCAAGAACUUGGUGGGCUAACUCCAAUUAACGCUUGAAUAUGAGAAUUGGGACCCCAAUAACGACGCCAUCUUCAAAGACCAGGAGGACUCCUUCAUGUACGCCUGGCGGUGGUCCAAAAGCUCAGGAAGAGAAGAUACUUGUGACUGUUAGGGUGAGGCCACUUAGUCCCAAAGAGCAAGCUGCAUAUGAUCUUAUUGCUUGGGAAUUCAGUGAUGAACAUACGAUCAUUUCAAAGAAUUUGACUCAUGAGAGACCUACUGGGCCAUAUACUUUUGAUAAAGUGUUUGAUCCGUCCUGUUCGAAUCAGAAAGUUUACGAGGAAGGUGCUGGAGAUGUUGCUCUCUCAGUUCUAAGUGGAAUUAAUGCAACAAUAUUUGCAUAUGGGCAGACCAGUAGCGGGAAGACAUUUACCAUGAGGGGAAUAACAGAAAAUGCCAUUAAGGACAUUUACGAGCAUAUCAGCGUUACACCAGAAAGAGAGUUUGUGCUUAAGUUUUCUGCUCUUGAAAUCUAUAACGAGACUGUGGUAGAUCUCCUAAACCGUGAUUCUGGCUCCCUGAGGCUUUUAGACGAUCCUGAGAAGGGCACUAUUGUAGAGAAACAAAUUGAGGAAGCUGUAAAGGAUGCCCAACACUUGAGGCACUUAAUUGCUAUUUGUGAAGCUCAGAGACAGGUAGGAGAAACUGCCUUGAAUGAUAAAAGCUCAAGAUCACAUCAGAUAAUCAAGCUGACAAUUGAGAGUAGUCUUCGGGAAAGUACUGGAUCCUUGAGAUCUUUUUUAGCAAGUCUGUAUCUAGUUGAUCUUGCUGGAAGUGAACGUGCUUCUCAAACAAAUGCAGAUGGUACAAGGUUCAAGGAAGGGAGCCAUAUUAAUAGAAGCCUGCUGACUUUGACAACUGUAAUUCGAAAGCUAAGUGGUGGCAAGAGGAUUGGUCACAUCCCAUACAGGGAUUCAAAACUCACAAGAAUAUUACAGUCUUCAGUUGGGGGAAAUGCACGAACAGCAAUAAUUUGUACGAUGAGUCCUGCUCUGGGUCAUGUGGAGCAAUCACGGAAUACACUCUCCUUUGCGACAAGUGCAAAAGAAGUUACAAAUAAUGCACAUGUGAAUCUGGUUGUUGCAGAAAAACAAUUAUUGAAGCAUUUGAAGAAGGAGGUGGCAAGACUUGAAGCAGAGCUCCGAAGUCCUGAACCAUGUGGCUCCUCGUCUUUAAGGUCCUUACUAAUUGAGAAGGAAAUAAAAAUCCAGCAGAUGGAGAUAGAAAUGAAUGAGCUGAAACGCCAAAGGGACAUUGCAGAAUCCCAGCUUGAAUUAGAAAGAAAAGCACACAAGGAGCCAAAGGGAUCAAAUCAGCACGGUCCAUCUCGUCGUGUAGUUAAAUGUCUUUCUUAUACUUCUGAGAACGAGUCAGUUUCUGGAGGGCCUGUUCCAAAAAUCCAGCCCAGGAAGUUAACUGGAAGGCAGUCACUGGUUAGACAGUCAGCUACUUCUUCAUCCAUGCUGGUGCAUGAGAUUCGGAAAAUUGAGAUAAGCCAGAGGCAGCUUGGUGAGGAAGCGAACCGUGCACUUGAUUUACUUCACAAGGAGGUUGCUUCUCACAGAAUUGGUAGUCAAGAUGCUAAUGAAGCUCUGGCAAAGCUGCUUGUAGAAAUUAAGGAGAUGCAGGCUAUCGGUUUAGUUCCCGAAACUAUUGAGAUUAAAGACAAAGGUAGCUUGAAAGAAGAGAUUGCCCGAUUGAACUCUCAGGAGACUAAUAUUGCAUCUCUAGAAGAAAAGCUUGAGAAUGUUCAGAGAUCCCUAGAUAAAUUAGUGAUGUGUUUUCCAAGUGGAAAGGAGACUCCUGAUUUGAGGACUUCAGCCAAAAAGAAAAAAGGUCUUCCAUUUACACUGAGCAAUUCACCUAACAUGCCAAACAUGAUAAGAUCUCCAUGCUCACCUGUGGAACCAGGGAUUGAAAAUAGAGCCCCAGAGGCUAACAAUCUUUCAUCUGGUAGUGAUGGCUUCUACCUUCGAGAGAGCACUCCUCGUAGAAAUCACGAAGCUAACAAUAUCUCAUCAGCAGAGACUGCUCCUGCACCAAAGCAUUCGACCUCUGUUGGUGUGAAGAAAAUGGAAAAGAUGUUCAAGAAAGCGACUGAGGAGCACAUCCGGAGUAUACGAACUUAUGUCACAGGGCUUAAAGAACGUGUUGCAAAGCUGCAAUACCAGAAACAGCUUCUGGUUUGCCAGGUGUUAGAGCUGGAGGCAAAUGAAGCUGCAUCUGAUGGACCCGAUAAUAUUGAAGAAUCUACCAUCGCAUGGCAAUCAAUGUUGGAAGAACAAAGGAAGCAAAUUGUCAUGUUGUGGCAUUUAUGCCAUGUGUCAAUCAUACAUCGCACUCAAUUUUAUUUGCUGUUUAAAGGGGAUCCUUCAGAUCAGAUAUAUAUGGAAGUUGAACUUAGAAGGUUGACAUGGUUGGAGCAGCAUUUGGCAGAUCUUGGUAAUGCAAGUCCAGCACUUUUAGGUGAUGAUCCUGCAAGCUUUGUAUCAUCAAGCAUCAAGGCGCUUAAGCAAGAGAGGGAAUAUCUAGCAAAGAGGGUGAGUACAAAGCUGACUCCAGAAGAAAGGGAAAUGCUAUACUUGAAAUGGAACAUCCCACCAGAAGGGAAAGGCAAAACAAAGAGGAGGCUGCAACUUGUAAAUAAACUGUGGAUGGACCCUCUGAAUAUGCAACAUAUAAAGGAAAGUGCUGAAAUUGUUGCAAAACUCGUGGGGUUCUGCGAAAGUGGUGAGCAUGUCUCCAAGGAGAUGUUUGAGCUCAAUUUUGUCUCCCCUUGUGACAAAAAGACUUGGAUCGGUUGGAACUUGAUAUCCAAUCUCUUGCACUUGUAAUCACCAACCUGUUAUUAGUGCUUCGAAUUCCACUCAAGUUUCUGAGAUCAUAGCUCUGACCAACCGUUUGUAUAGAAUGUCUGUCUGUCUAUCUGUCUGUAUGGUCUUAACUCCAGCUUUUGUAGCGGUAACAGUUCAAAAUAGAUGAAUGAAGAAAGCCCGUUUCCAGAACAGAAACGAGUGCUUGAAAAA